CAAGAAGAAAGCCGCGGGUUUUCUGCUUUGCUCCGCGAUGUGUGAUUGAUUUGGUAUGGUAAUAAGGAGGCGGAGCCGAGGCGGAGGUCUUUCUUUUAUGGCAAGCGCGUGUCGGACCAGGCGCUGAUCUUCGGCUGGUCGUCUUCCACGGACCCCCAGGAUGUGAAAAGUGGCUUUCGGCUGGUGGGCUACGUGGAGCGAGGCGCUUUGUUCGGGCAGCAUUCCCAGGUGGAACAUGCUCUAAGAUUCAGCUCAUUUCCUGAGAGGGAAAAGAUGAGAACAAUCUUGACAAGCCUGGUCAAAGAGUGAUUUGCCUGCCUCAAGAACUUAAGAAGAUGAGGAUGUCCAUCGCAGGCAGUGUGCCAAACUGCCCAGGAUAGCUCAAGCUCAAUGCAAAGGAAGGAAAAAGGAGCUCCACAAAUCUUUCAAUAUGUGCUCUGGUGUAUAAAGCUUCUGCCAGGCCAGUGACUACCUGUGAGUCACCAUGACGACCAAACAGCCUCCCCCUCUGAUGAAGAAGCACAGCCAGACGGACCUGGUGAGCCGUUUGAAGACACGGAAGAUCCUAGGGGUUGGGGGGGAGGAUGAUGAUGGAGAAGUUCAUAGAUCAAAGAUCAGUCAAGUCUUGGGCAAUGAAAUAAAGUUUGCUAUGAGGGAACCCUUGGGACUCAGGGUUUGGCAGUUUGUGUCAGCCAUCAUAUUUUCUGGGAUUGCGAUCAUGGCUCUCACAUUUCCUGAUCAGCUCUACGAUGCUGUCUUUGAAGAAGAGUCUGUCAACAGCAAGACACCCAUCCGUCUGUAUGGAGGAGCUUUGCUUAGCAUCUCCCUCAUCAUGUGGAAUGCGCUGUACACAGCUGAGAAGGUCAUCAUAGACGCUGGGACCCCUACCGACAGAAGGCCAUGCUAUCUUUGGAAUACAGUCUCCUGGUUACCACCAUCACCCUGGUUGAGAUUGGCCAGGCGUCCCUGGGAGCUGCACUUCUCCUCUUCAGCAGAGUCCUCUUUGUCUGCAUCAGCAUUUAUUAUUAUUACCAAGUUGGACGCCGACCCAAGAAAGUGUAAUUUCGAAGGCUUUCCAAGUGUGGGGGCCAGGGGGUCAUAAAUGUUGCAUUCUUUUUGUUUACUUGGUUUUGGUUUUUUUUUAAAAUAGCAGACAUUUCUUCUUAACUAGAGCAUGCAUUGAUGUAUACAUCCAGUGCUGGUGCCGAUGCUAAAUGAAGCGUGGAAAGGAAGAGAGCAGAGCUUGUCUGACUCCAUGAAGCUGUUUGGAGGGAGUGAGAAAUAGAAGAGCAGAGACAAGAAGGGGGUUAGACGGAUUCAGGGGAUGGGGGAGAAAGGACUGGAGAACAUGCUCAAAAAAGCCCAUAUAGCACAUUUAGGCUGAAUUCAAAGGUAGAAGCAUUAGAGAUAAUGUUGUGUAGGGUGGCCCAGUAAGGAUCAUCUCUUGUCAUGGGGUCAUCUUGUCUUGGAGCAUGGGACACACAGUUUGCAUGCUGCAACCUGAGCUGGGAGGCCACAGUACUGGCGCAAAAUAAGACACAGGAGGAAGCAGCAUUAAGCCUUACUAUUUAACUGCCAGGUAAGAGGACUGGAAAGUUUUUAAAAAUGAUGUAGGGAUUGGUACUGCUUCCUCACCCCCACACUUGCCUUUUUAAUAAACAUUAACUAUUCUGACUGAUCGUUCUACCAGA